CCAUUAUUGGUGCAUCUGGAAUUGGAAUUCCAUCAUCAAUGGAUAAAUAUUAUGUUGAUCAGGAAAUAUUCAUGAUGAGUAGCGGUGCAGAUCCAGGCUUGGAUUCCAUUAAUGGAGUCUCGGAUAUGAAUUUCAUGAUGAGCAGUCUAGAUCCUCAAUUUUCUCCUUUGAAUAUUGGUUUCAACAUAUUGGCUGCCACUACUACCGAGUGCAACACAGACACAUCAGUGGAAGGCACUAAUGAGGGUAUUUCCAUGAUUUUUCGUUCCGGAGAGUCUGAUCGUCAUCAUCCUCCGAGUCUUAUCCCAAACUGUUUGGGAUCCGCUAUAUCUGGAGAGUCUGAUCAUAGUACUAAUAUGAACGAAACAGUCUCUACUAAUAAAGUUUCUUCACAUCAACAUGCCAAGUCUGUUUCCACGAAAAGAAGCAUUAGUGUUGCUCAAACUGAUCAAGAUGGGGUGUUUAGGGUGAUCAACAAUAUUCCACCAAGUUCAAAGAAAGCCAGAUGGGAGAAGAGGCCGAUAAGCUCAUCAUCAAACAUCAAUUUCCAAUCUCCAGACCAGGAGCCUGAUCCAGAGGCAAUUGCACAAAUGAAGGAGAUUAUAUACCGUGCAGCGGCAUUUAGGCCGGUGAAUUUAGGGUUGGAUGUGGUGGAGAAGCCAAAGAGGAAGAAUGUUAGAAUAUCAAAUGACCCACAAACAGUGGCUGCAAGGCAGAGAAGAGAGAGAAUUGGUGAGAGAAUUAGGGUUUUGCAAAGGCUAGUCCCUGGUGGAACCAAGAUGGACACUGCAUCAAUGCUGGAUGAAGCUGCAAACUACCUCAAGUUCUUAAGGUCACAAGUGAAAGCACUUGAAAAUCAGCUUUGCCAUAGAAACCCUCUUCCUCCUCCUUCCCGCCAUGCUAAUCUAGUUUUCUGUUCUUCAUUGCCUAAUAUCAACCAAAAACCCUAGUAAUCUUGAUGUUAACCACAAUCCAUAAAAUAACAUUAACCAUCAUUUCAUUUCAUUUCAUCAUCAGCAUAUCAAAACUUGUCAGCAUGCAGCUAGCAAUCAAAGCUUGAUGAUUACAUCUUUUGUAUGUGACAAAGUCAAAACCUUAAUUAGCUGAUUAUAGUAGAGUUUAUCUUUUAUGUUUCAGUUACCAUCCAUCAUGACAUCUUUUUCUUAACUUUUCAAGUUGGUGGGGCUAGAAAGAAGUGGAGAUUCAGGUAUUUAUAAUUAAUU